UAUGAUAAUGAGCUCUCCAAGAUGGCGUCCAGGGGUAAAUUGUAGCUCGGUCUGGAGAAAGGAAUUUCACUGUGUUUUUUACUUUGUUUUCGCGAAAUUAUGCCGAAGAGGCGCAAUGGUGAGAUCCCGUUACCCUCUGGAUGGGAUAUCGGCACCGACUACGAUGGCAAGGUUUAUUUUAUCGACCAUAUUAACAAACAAACGACAUGGAUUGAUCCCAGAGACAGGUACACGAAACCCCAAUCGUUUGCGGACUGUAUUGGCAAUGAAUUGCCCUUUGGCUGGGAGGAGUAUUUUGACCAGCAGGUUGGGGUCUACUACAUUGAUCACAUGAACAAAACGAACCAGAUCGAAGACCCCCGACAACAGUGGCGCCAUCUACAAGAAGCCAUGCUCAAAGAAUACUUGCUCACCGCUCAGGACGACCUUGCUGCCAAGAAAGAAAUUGUGGACAUAAAGAACCAACGCCUCACGCUAGCACAGGAGGAAGUCCGACACCUAAGCUCGGCGCUGGCUGGUGUUCUCUUGCACGAGAACAGCAUGCCAGCGACUCCGGCUACUACCGGCUCGGCUACGUCCCUCUGUUCUACGUCCUCCACCAGCUCCACAAAGUUCGACCCGCAGCUCCUGCGCUCGGACGUCUGCCGAGCGAGGCACAGGGUUGCCAUGCUGAAGCAGGAACUCGACCAGGUCCGGACGGAAAUGCAGCAGCGCGAGCAGGGCCUCGACGCCCUAAGGAGGGUGGACCAAGAGUUUUCGGGUCAGCAAGGGAGCUAUAGUUUGGAAGAAGCGAAGGCCAUCGUAGAAGAACUCUGUAAUAUACACAAGUCACUUAGCAAAGGAGAAAAGGAACGGGCCCAACUGAUGCAUAAACUCUCGCGGCUAAAAGACGACCUCACGAGGUUACAGCCAGAAUCCUCAAACCUCGCUCAGGAAAAGCUGAGUACGGCGUCGCAAACAGACCUGUCCGGCGAGCUUGCUCCGAUUGGAGCUCGCUUGGCGGAGAUGGCACGGAUGCGGCUAAGCUACGACGAAUCUCGAAAGGAAGUCCAGAGGAUCCAACAGGAAAUCGCGGACCUGGAAGACCUUAUGGCUCCGGGGCAGGUGGAGUCCGACAAGGAUAGGUUGCUGCUCAUUCAAGAGAAAGAACAACUACUUCGGGAACUACGAGCAACGGCAAGUGGUCGGCCACCGAGAUCGGAAGCCGAGGGCCAGCAGUUACAAGCCGAGAUUGCUCGACUCGAGCGAGACCUCGGCGAUGCGGUCCAGGUGUCCAACCGCGCCAUUGCCGACAGACUCAAGUUGCAUGAAAGGAAAAACCAGCUUCUGCAGCAGCUCCGAGAUGCUAUGAAGUUGACGGCAUACCUCGAGACACGACUGAAGAGCCUGUCAGCGAGCACCCUGUCCAUGUCUUCAAGCUCCUCGCUGGGUUCCCUGAGCACCGGCAGCUCACGAGGCUCGCUGAGCAGCCUCAGCUUCACGGACAUCUACGGUCUCCCGGGAAACACUGGUGCCCAGACCUCAGCCGGAAGCCUGCAAGACCUGCACCUCAGGGUGGUGGCCAGUCACACAGCUGCUGCCACCCAGGGCAAGAGCAACAGUCCGCCUCUGUCCCCCUGGUCUUCGCUGUCGUCGUUGUCACCGCCGAUCUCCCCGCACGAUCCCGGAGGGCCUCCGCCGGGUUACGACAUCUCCGCUCACAGGUUCCUGUGCCGAGGCAACUCUGGGAGCAGCGACCCCCCGCUUAGCCCCAUCUGCGAGCAGGACGACCUCCUCCACCCUUCGAGCCCAGCUCACCGCAGUGUGUCCGCUGCCGUAAGCGACGAAUCUGUCGCCGGCGACAGCGGAGUUUAUGAGGCAGCAGUCAAGAGGUCAGUGGAAGAAUGCCUGGGAGACCCGGAAACAGCUCAAGUACAAGUGAAGCUGCGGUAUGCCGCAGAAGACGCCCUGCUGCACGUCGGCAUUGAGAGAGCGCGGAAUCUGGCUGCACUCUGCAUUCCGCAGGGACUGCAAGUGUGCAUCAGGACGACGCUCUUCCCGGGAGCGGAAGACGCUGCCACGUCCCACGGGACGUCCUGGUUUGAGUCGCUGGAACGUCCGGCGAUCGGAGAGACGUUCCGGUUUCCCGUGGCACUCAACAGGCUCUGCACCCAAACAGUACAAGUCCACGUCUGGUGCCGGUGGCCUGGAGGCGGAGAGGAGUGCUUGGGUUGCGCCCAAGUGAGCCUCGCCGAUUUCCCGACGUCUGCAACCACGGUGAAGUGGUACAACCUGUUGAGCUUCCGCUUCCUGCAGCCCACCGCUGAGGGAGGUGUCGGUGCUCUUCAGCGUCGCUGCCCUCACCAUACUCAGCAUCCACUCAUUCAGCAUACGCAGUACACAUCGACUUCAGCAAAGUCCCUCGCCAGUACUCAGAGUGCCAAGGAAGAAAGUAGCGACGAAUCGACCAUCAUUUCUUCGCAGACGUCAACACUUACCAGGAACCAGGUACCAGACCUGGGGUGUGCCGAUGAAGAGGAGGAAGAUGAGAGUGAUGAGGACGACGAAAACCACUGUAUCCUCCUUCACGAGCAGACGUCGUCUGAAGGCGAAGGUGUCGUCUGCGUUGAAUGUGAAGUGGAGCGCCGGCUCAUGUUGAAACCAGGUGGAGAGACUCAAGAGCAGACGACGGAGAGCAAGGAGUGCUGCGACAAGGAGACCAACACGGAAUGUGUGUUUGUGCCAGAAGAACGGAAGCCUCGAAGGCCGCUGGGGGAUCCCGCUGCUCCUUCCCCGCAGACCACUACCGCGUCUUCGAUAAAGCGUUCUCAGACUUUCGGUCCAACGGCAGCCGUCAGUUGCCACCGCUACAUCUGUAGGUUAAAUCGAAGUGACAGUGACAGUGCAGUGCCACUGUACAGGAAAACAGUACCAUUCCAGAGGAACUCUGUCGAAAGGAGAAGUUUGCGGUGGAAAAAGCCCCCCGUGUGCGCUCAGCAUCGACAGCAGGGAGCGUGGGCGUCCAACACAGGGACGGGUUCCCAUGGCACCAGGACAUCCCUCGACCUGGCGCUCGACCUGCAGGCAUCCCACACGAGGCUCAACAUUCUGCAGGAGGACCUGGGGAGGCUGCGGGAGAUCAAGCGCCGCCUGGAGGAGACCAAGGCACGAGGGGAGACGGAGAUGCCAGCCUGGCUUGCAGAGAACAAACAGCUCCAGCAAAUCUUGAUUGCUGCUGACAAAGAGGCUGCCAGGCAAACGGCUGAGGAGAGGAGGAUGGAAAAACUGUUGAAGAAGACGUCCCGAGAGAUUUACCGGUUGCGCAAGAGUAGGAAAAAGCAACCAGACAUGUCCUUCUUCAGGGAGAAAAUGGCCUUCUUCACUCGCGCGCAGUCGUCUGUACCCGCACUGCCUCCGGAAUCGACCGAACCUUCCGACGUCUCCGCCCCCUCCAACCCCGCGGAGGUGCCUCGUAGCCCUCCUCCGCCGUACCCGACGCACCUGUCGCGGCCGCGCAACGUCCUCAGCAUAUCCACCGCGAACAAGCCCCCUCAAGUAGGGCCCUUGCACGGCAGUGCGGAGGCCCCGCCUCAACGCUUCGAGUACACAGUCGACCCCGAGUACGGAGUGGAGGUGUGAUGUACAUUUGGACUCUUCCUUGUGCAGCGGGACUCUCUCCGCGAGAUGUAAUUUUUACGAGAAUAUUUUGUGCCAAGUUGAAGGUGGUGGCGGACACGUCGUGACACCAGGGGGGGGGGAAGAGGAGAAAGUUGGCAGCGCAACCCACUUAUGACGGGCACUCUUCCGCAGAAAAUCGUGCGUGUUGGUCGUCGUGGCACGUUGUGCUUGGUAUCUAUCAGCAGCAGGGACUUCUCUCUGGUAGGAAUAUUCCUCGUAGUUUCUUCACCACCGUAAAUGCUCCUGAUAAUCUCCCCACAGCAGUACAAAGCUUCUGUCUUCAGCAUUUUCUGUUUUGUUUGGAAUGCUAUUGUGUGGCGUAAGGUGUAAAAAGUGCUUGCGUUGUUUCUCUUCAUACGAACGUAGAUUGGCUCUUGCAAAAAGAAAACAAAAAUUGACUCGAUGGAGAACAGCGUUUGCAUGUUGAAGGAUGCCGUGUAGAUGUCUGUCGAAUUCCAACAUAAUUCAAGCUGCAAGAAAAUACGCUGAGGAUAAAGCAAAUAGAAAACAAAGGAAAAUUGUCCCUGUCCCUCUCCAGUUCUAGCACAAGUCCCUGGUUGAUGGUUGCCAUUGCUGUCUACGACAAAAAAAAACAAAAAAAACAUUAUUUAUACCUUGUUCUUCGUAAGUGGGUUGCACGAAGCAAUUUUUAGAUAUCCUUUGCCAUGCCUUUUGAACAACGAUCAUUUUGUACAGCAACAUACUUGACUUUGUGAAGAGGAAAGAAACAAAAUGGUAUCUAUACGCUUUUAUUGGGUAGAAGAUUCACAGAUGCUGCAGCUGCUGCAUUUUUCUUUUAUUUCGUGUAGCUCCUGCGGCGAUAGUUCGUGCGACAAAACCUGUUUCAUUCUUGGGUGAGCGAUGUUUUUUAAAUAAAAAUCUGUGGUCUGGAGAGUCACGGCUCUUCCCGUUUCGAACAGUGCAAUGCCUUCUGAGUAGUACAAUGUUUAAUGUAUGCAGCAUAAUUUUUUUUUUAUGUCGCAAAAAUUACGGGACUAUGCAACGAGUUUCACAUAAUCCGUAAGCGUGUGUGCCUUAAGCCCAGUUCACGCUGUUGCGUUUCAAGGCGUGCGUGCAUAGCAGCAAAAGUAGUGGAAAGCAAACAUUCUUGAGAACAGAGAAGGGUAGCAAACUUCCUUCUACCAGAAGCGCCGCCAGUGAUCGGAUCUCGUUGCGUUCUGUUGCAUGGGGCGACGCAUUGCUUGGUUACCACGGCAACGCGCACGCAUUGAAACGCAGCAGUGUGAGCCGGGCUCAAAGUCAGAGGCCUUAUGCUGUUUUUGGGAAAACAUAAUGGAUACCUUACACAGUCAGCCGUUUUCUAACGACACGAUGCUGUAUCUAGACGUGUGUUUGGCACUCAGGGUUUAACAGCACGGUGUAUCUUUUCAUCUUGUAAUGUAGGUGUCUUCCUUCGAGAGCCUUCCAUUUUGAGACGAGCGAGUGCCUCAAAAAACAAUGUUGCAGGUGUAUAUUUCCACUCUUUGCCUGUUGAGAUGUUUUGUAAAUUAUUUGCAUUUUUAUUAUAAAGAUGUAAAAAUCA